AUGAACGGACAAACCAGGGAAAGAAUCCUGAAUGAUCGGCCCAUAAUAGGGAUCUUGGCCCAGCACACGGUGGAUCACCUGUCCAAGAUGGCCCAGACGUACGUGUCCUCUUCCAACGUAAGACACCUGGAAUCGGCCGGAUGCAGAGUGGCAGUGAUCAGAUUGUUUCUCAGUGAAUCUGAAUAUGAAAAAAUAUUUUACUCAAUAAAUGGGAUCUUAUUCCCUGGCGGGGCCGUUGAUCUCGAGAACUCCGAGUUCGCCCGGGUGGCCGGCAUCUUCUACAGGCUGGCGUUGGAGGCCUGUGACCAGGGCGAUUACUUCCCGGUGUGGGGGACAUGCCUGGGGCACCAGCUGUUGACAGCCCUCACAGCCGGCGAGAAUCUGCUCAGCAGGACGAACAGCAACAACAUGGCAUUGCCGCUGGAUUUCACUGACGAAGCGAAAUCAUGUAAAAUGUUUAGAAAUUUCACCCCAGAGUCGACGCGAAUUUUAUCAGAGACACCGCUGACCGGUAACUUCCACAAGUACAGCGUCACCCUGGAGACCUUCAAAGCGAAUAAGAAGUUGAGCUUGUUCUACCGACUCAUCUCCACCAACACUGACCGGCAGGGAGUCACCUUUGUCUCGACGAUGGAAGCGUUCCGGUAUCCCAUUUAUGGCACACAGUGGCACCCGGAAGCGAACCGCUACUUCUGGAACAAGAGCAUGGAUAUUCUACACAGUUCCCUCGGAGUCAGGACUUCCUUCCUAAUGGCCGAGUUCUUCGUCAGUGAAGCCAGGAAAAACUUCCACCAUUUAGAGGACGAAUUAGAGGAAGACUCUAUCCUCAUUGAUCAAUACGCUCACACAGUGGACAGGACAGAUCGCCGAAUCGUCUACUUAUUUUGACGGACCUGACGUGGAUAUCUAAUGGAGUUCGUGCGCGGGCGAGCAUUCAUCGAGGGAGCAAUAUUGCUCAGGGCUCCGGGAGGAUUUCUGCCAGGAUGGAAGGGGCGACCUCAGGGUGAAUACGAGUGUCAAAUGACGAACUGGAGCCGGAGAGCCAGGAGACACAGGCCCUCGGAAAUGCGAACGGCGCCGGAAGGUUAAAAAGUGUAGCUCGGUGAGAGUAGAGGACGGGGUUGAAGGUGGAUCUUUUAAUACGUCAGCAGAUGUGGAUUAUCAGUGAUCACACCAUACUGGGAUUUAAGGUAGACUUAAAGAAGGCAAAAGUAAGACAAACGUAAGGAUUAAUGUGGACAAAAGCUGAUUUUAAUCGAAUAGGAUCUUGGGCAGCAUUUAAUGUCAAAGAUCCAGGUCAACAGAGGGAAUUGUGGUGGAGUCCGGGAGAGGAGGAAUCAGCUGUCGAGCGAAGGCGUGACGGGGUGCCCUGAUCUACUGAUUCGGGACCAGCAGUUUGAAGCCACCACUGACCCUGGGGAUUUAGAUGUCUGUAUCUAAAUAAAUCUACGAAUAAAUUAUGGGAUAUUAA